AACUACAUUGUCGGAUCAAUUCAGGAACCGACCCGGUCCAAAUAUCUAAAACCCUAGUAUUUAUUAGCCUUUUUGUUACUUCUUAUCCCUCUUCUGCUUCUGCCUUGGCCGGAGUUCAGUUCUGUGCUCGUUGGAUGCAAGUCUUUGUUUCUGAAAUGGCUGAAGAAACUAAGGCAGCAGCUAUUAUCCCUGAAUCUGUGUUGAAGAAAAGGAAGAGAAGCGAGGAAUGGGCUUUGUUGAAGAACCAAGAACUGAAGGUGAAGAAGGAAAAAAAUGCUGAAAGUAGAAAGAUAAUCUUCAAGAGGGCUGAGCAAUAUGGCAAAGAAUACAGAGAAAAGGAAAGAGAGUUGAUAAGGUUGAAAAGGGAAGCCAAACUGAAAGGAGGAUUUUAUGUUGAACCAGAGGCCAAACUACUUUUCAUUAUUCGCAUCCGUGGUAUAAAUGCAAUGGACCCAAAGACAAGAAAAAUUUUGCAACUUUUGCGGCUGAGACAGAUAUUUAAUGGUGUGUUCCUCAAAGUAAACAAAGCAACCAUGAACAUGCUGCACAAGGUUGAACCAUAUGUGACUUAUGGGUAUCCUAAUCUUAAAAGUGUGCGUGAAUUGAUUUAUAAGAGGGGUUAUGGGAAACUAAAUAAACAGAGGAUUGCUCUCACUGAUAAUUCCAUCAUUGAACAGGCUUUGGGAAAUUUUGGAAUUAUUUGCAUGGAAGAUUUGAUUCAUGAGAUCAUGACUGUGGGGCCUCAUUUCAAGGAGGCAAAUAACUUUCUUUGGCCAUUUAAACUGAGUGCACCAUCUGGAGGUUUGGAGAAGAAAAGAAACCAUUAUGUGGAGGGUGGUGAUGCUGGAAAUCGCGAGGAUUACAUCAAUGAGCUCAUCAGGAGGAUGAAUUAGAUCCUAUUAUCUUUGCUUUAAUUAUUUUGGUUAAGCGCUAGACUCAGUUUUGCAAUCACUAGGAAGUGUUGAGAUUUGAGAGUACUUCCCAACUAAAACAUUAUUUUCUGUACCUUGUUUUGAAUUGCUCAAGAGAUAUAAAAAUUGUUAUGUUUUACUA